CACGCUCGUAACCUCUAAGGAAUAUCAACAUACUUACUCUGAAGAGAGGAUAAUUUAAACAAGACUAACAUUCCAAUUCAACACUAUAAAUUUUGUCCUUCUAAAAAGAACUUAGCAAUACACACAACUCCGCAAGCUGAUAUAUAAAUCAGAGCAAACACAAUAUGACUCAUUCAUUCAUGCCACACCUUUCUGAAAAGCCUUUACCACCAACUUUCUUUCUAAUGAAUCCUACUAACAAUCCAACCAAUACUAGUAUUACAUCAUCUCCAUUCAAACCAGAAUCUGUACUCAAUUCUGUUGGAGCUCAAGCAUAUACUAAUCCAUUUUCCCAACCAUUUCAAAUAGUUAAACAACCAAUAACUAAUAAUACUGCACCAGCUGCAAUUCAAUCAAUUUCGACUAUGGAUAACUCUAUCAAAACAAUGCCAUUAACUUCUAUACAUCAAAAGAAAUUGAUGAAGACUAACGAGUUGAUAAGAGCAAAACAAUCUAAUCUUUCUGACUCUAGCUCAAGUUCAUCAUCAGGAGAUGAAAUGUGUCCAUCAGAAAUCAAACCAAUCCAAACCUUCCAAAAUAUUUCAAAUAUAACUACUACGAGAAAGAAUAGCGCUGUUGGAGAAGAACAAAAACCAAAAAGAUCUACACCUUCAAAGAAUACUUCCUCUAUCCCAAUUUUGAGUUUCUCUAACUACUGGAAGGGUGAAAUUCCAUCUCAUUCAUUUGUUUGUAAAGAAGGUUUCCUUUUGAAUGACUCUAAGAAAGCUCCUCCAGAUACUUCACAUAACCUCACUAUUCGUGAUUCUCUCCAUAUUUCAUCUCAAGCUUUUAAUAGAUGUACUUGUAAAUUGAAAUUGAAGGAUGGUUCUGCAGAUGGUGUUAUAGUUUCAUCUGAAGCUUUUAAACCUAAUAAUAUGAAUAAUUUAACAACAUUCGAGUGUACAGUUACAAUUCCACAAAAGAUUACAACCUUGAAGGGAAGUUCAUCAUCGAGAAUAGGUUACAUUGAAAUUUAUAAUCAAGAUGAUGAAUGUAUUGCAGUUUCCAGCUUUUUCUGGAUUAGAUCCAGAAGUAGAUUGCAACUUGAUAAGGACACUAAGAGAAAAUUGUAUAUUGAGCCAGGAACUGUAGUGACUUCUACAUCUUCUUCUGUUGAAUCUCAAAAGAGAAAGAGAGAUGAUGAAGAUAAUGAUUCUGAUAAGAAAGUGAAGAUUGAAACAGAUCAAACUACUGUAGUGAGUCAUGGCGAUGCAAUGAUGACAACUCCAAUCCCUGUAAAUAAUACCCUCCCACCUAUUUCAUCAUUUGCCCCAGUUUCUGAACCAAUGCAGUUUAUGUUUUCUGAAAUUAUGAAGUUAAAAGAAAUAGUGUCGAAUCAGCAAUUAGAAAUUGCCAAACUUAAGGAAAUGCUCAACCAACAAUAAAUUAUUGUUUCCUUGUUUG